AUUGGUCAGUUCCGGAAAGCCGAGCAGCGAGCGGUCUCAGCCUGCAGAGACCCGGAGGAGUCGGACAUCGCUGCUGUCGGCCGAGAGUCGCUUCCCCUGGUUGCUUCUUCCUCUUCAGCUCCGCUCUGCCCGUCGCCAUGGCCGAAGCUGACAUUGCACUGAUUGGACUGGCUGUCAUGGGCCAGAACUUAAUUUUGAACAUGAAUGACCAUGGCUUUGUGGUCUGUGCUUUUAAUCGGACAGUCUCCAAAGUUGAUGAUUUCUUGGCUAAUGAGGCAAAGGGAACCAAAGUGAUUGGUGCACAGUCCUUGAAGGAGAUGGUCUCCAAGCUGAAGAAGCCCCGGAGAAUCAUACUUCUUGUGAAGGCUGGUCAAGCUGUGGAUGAUUUCAUUGAAAAACUGGUACCAUUGUUGGAUGCUGGUGACAUCAUCAUUGAUGGAGGAAAUUCUGAAUAUCGGGAUACGACAAGAAGAUGUCGAGACCUCAAGGACAAGGGGAUCUUGUUUGUGGGGAGCGGAGUUAGCGGUGGUGAGGAAGGGGCCCGGUAUGGCCCAUCACUCAUGCCAGGAGGGAACAAAGAGGCCUGGCCUCACAUCAAGGCAAUCUUCCAAAGCAUUGCUGCGAAAGUAGGAACUGGAGAACCCUGCUGUGACUGGGUUGGAGACGAGGGGGCUGGACACUUUGUGAAGAUGGUGCACAACGGUAUAGAGUAUGGUGACAUGCAGCUGAUCUGUGAGGCUUACCACUUGAUGAAGGAUGUUCUGGGCAUGGGACAUGAGGAGAUGGCCCAGGCAUUUGAGGAAUGGAAUAAAACUGAGCUAGACUCUUUCCUGAUUGAAAUCACUGCCAAUAUCCUCAAGUUCCGAGAUGCUGAUGGCCAACAUCUGCUACCAAAGAUCAGGGACAGUGCUGGGCAGAAGGGCACUGGGAAGUGGACUGCCAUCUCAGCCCUGGAGUAUGGUGUUCCUGUCACACUCAUAGGAGAAGCUGUCUUUGCUCGGUGCCUUUCAUCUCUGAAGGAUGAGAGAAUUCAAGCCAGUAGAAAGCUGAAGGGUCCCCAGAAAGUCCAGUUUGAAGCUGAUAAGAAAUCAUUCCUGGAGGACAUUCGAAAGGCCCUCUAUGCAUCCAAGAUCAUCUCCUAUGCACAAGGCUUUAUGCUGCUGAGACAGGCAGCUACUGAGUUUGGCUGGACCCUCAAUUAUGGUGGCAUUGCCCUGAUGUGGAGAGGGGGCUGCAUCAUCAGAAGUGUGUUCCUGGGAAAGAUUAAGGACGCAUUUGAUCGAAACCCAGAACUUCAGAACCUAUUGCUGGAUGACUUUUUUAAGUCAGCAGUUGAAAACUGCCAGGAUGCCUGGCGGCGUACAGUCAGCACUGGGGUCCAGGCAGGCAUUCCCAUGCCCUGCUUUACCACUGCCCUCUCCUUCUAUGAUGGGUACAGACAUGAGAUGCUGCCAGCCAACCUUGUCCAGGCUCAACGGGAUUACUUUGGGGCUCACACCUAUGAACUCUUAGCCAAACCAGGACAGUUUAUCCACACCAAUUGGACAGGCCAUGGUGGCACUGUGUCAUCUUCAUCAUAUAAUGCCUAAUUGGGCUAUGGCUUGCAUCAUCCCUCCCACUGACUGGACUGUCCAUGUGCCACACAGCACUCCUCAUGGCUCUUUGCCCUACUUCCUGCUCAGAUCUUUAGCCAAGUGUUGGAUGCAACUCCUGAAGAAGGGCAGUAGUUCUCUGCCAUCAUGCCCUCUGCCCUGGCCUCUGGGGACUGCCUAGGAACUGACCUUGUGUGCUGCGGUGUGCCCAUCCCUGACACAGCUGCACCAUGUGUGUCUGAGAGGCUGCAGCUCUUAGCACAUAGAGGGCAAGGGUGUGUGGAUUUGACCAAGCUGGAACCUUGCAUCUAUCAUGCAGCUGAAUUCCCUUUCCUCUGCUCAGUAAAAGCAAUGGUAUAUUUA